AUGGAAAGAGUUGUUCCUCUUCCCUUUGGAUGUGUUUCUGAAUCAAGUGUGGCGGUUGCUGUUCAGCAGCAGCAACCUAGAAGAUCAAAUUCAAAGCAGCCUGUAGAUGAUACCCGUUCGGCUUCUGCAACAAGAGCACGACAUGAAGAAGAAGAAGAAGAAGAAGAAGAAGAAGAAUAUAAAGAAAGUUUAUCCAUGAAGCCUGACGUAUCAACUGGGUUUCAUAAACUGUUCAAGAGUUUCAAGACUUUCUCACAUUUAUUUGUGUACAAGGAAGAGAUGGAAGAUUCGGAGGAUGAUAUGGAAAUAGGGUUGCCAACAGAUGUAAAGCAUGUUGCACACGUAGGAUUGGACGAAUCUUCAUCAAGCAGCUCCAAGAGCAUGGGCAGCUGGGACUAUCUUUUUUCGCCUCAAUUAAACCUCCUCACUUUCCCAUCUGAUCCUUCAUCACAAUGUGAAGCCAUUGAAACACAGGCAGCUGUUCAAUCUUCUACUUGAAA